AUGAAGCGGAGCAGGACGACGGACGAGUCGCAUCCCAAGCGCGCGUCGUCAACUAAAAAGGAUGUGCCUGUGGCGCCCAACGUCGCUGCCCGCCCGUCGGCCGUCGCGGCGUUCCCACGUGGUGGCGGCACGGGCCUGACCCCGCUCGAGUACCGCCAGUCGGUGCUGGAGGGGCGCAAAGAGUCGAUGAAUGACGACCUCUUCCAGGAAACGCCCAAGUCGAAGCGCACAAAGCCGGCCCCCAAGGCGCGUACCAAGGCGAAGAAGGCCACGGAGACGCCAGCGCCGACCGACCGCCAGCGCGUUGAGCUUCUCAACUACAAGCGCCUCUUGCCCGGCACAAAAAUGCUGUGCUGUGUGCUGGCCGUACACCCCCUCGCUAUCGUCGUGUCGAUGUGCGACCAGCUGUUAGGACACGUGCCAGUGACCAGUGUGAGCCGCCAGCUGACGGAGCGUCUGCAGGCGGCUCUGGACGACGAGAGCGACAAGGAGGACCUCGACGACGCAGACGAAGAGGCGCCCCCGGAGCUUCAUGAGAUCUUCAGUGUGGGUCAAUGGGUUCGUGCGAGCGUGGAAUCAGUGGGCGCGCCCGGCACCCAGCGGCAGGCGGGCCUCGGCCGCGAAGGCGGCGAGUACGAGCGCGAGAGCCAGCGUGUGCAGCUCACGCUGGAGCCGCAUGUGGUCAACGAGGGCAUCAGCGCGAGCGACCUGAGCGAGGGCUACGUGCUCUCCGCGACCGUGACGAGCCGCGAGGACCAUGGCUAUGCGCUGGAGCUGGGCGUGGACGACGACUUGCAUGGCUUUUUGCCUUUCCAGUACACGCCGCCGCCCCUACGCGUGGGCCAGGUGGUGCUGGUGCUGGUGCGCGCGGUCGACGGGCGCGUCCUGCGCGUGUCGCUCGCCGAGCCGGGCGCGCCGAAUGUGCCGAGUGUGCCGCCCAGUCAGAGUGCGAUGCUGCCGGGUGUGCCGGUGAAGGCGCUGAUCACGACACGCGUGCCGCAAGGCCUGAAUGUGAAGCUAUUCGGCAUGCUGGAUGGCACGAUUGAUAACUUCCACGUCCCUCCGCACCUGGACGAAGCGGCGCUGGCGCCGGGGAAGAAGAUCCUUGCGCGUGUGCUGUGGAAUAUGCCGGGCGACCUGGACCAGCUGCAGGAGUCAGCAGCCGAUACGGUGGGCGCCCGCCGCCUGGGUCUGAGCGCUGCUGCACAUGUGUGUGAGCUGCGCACGCCCCUAGUCGGUGACCAGGCGCUGACGGACGCGUACCCGAUCGGCGAGCGCGUCCAGGUGCGGGUCACGACCGUGCUGUCGGGCUGGGGCCUCAUGUGCGAAGUCAUAGGCGCGGAUGUGGCGGCAUUUGUGCACAUCUCGCACGUCGCCGACGAACACAUCGAUGCCCUGGCGCCGACGCAGGGCAAGUACCGCGUCGGCUCGGAGCAUGCCGCGCGAGUGACGGGGCAUGCCAUGACCGACCGGCUGCUCCUGCUCAGCCUGCAGCCGUCCGUGCUGGAGAAGCAGUAUAUGCGCGUGAGCGAGGUGCCCGUCGGCGAGGUGGUGCGUGUGACGAUCCGCAAAGUCACGCCGCAGGCCAUCUUUGUGCGCCUGAGCAGCAAUGUCGACGGUGUCGUGUUCCCUCUGCACUUCAGCGACGUGCACCUGGCGCACCCCGAGAAGAAGUUCAAGCCGAAUCUGUCGAUGAACGCGCGCAUCCUUCACACGGACCCCAUGCGGAACCGCAUUGUGCUUACGCUCAAGCGCUCGCUCGUGCAGGCCGAGCUGCCACUGAUCACGAGCAUCGCAGACGCCCAGCCUGGUGCCCUCACGCUGGCUGUCGUGGUGAAGCACCUGCCUGCCAGCCUGCUAGUCGAGCUGGGCGGUACGCUGCGGGCCAUUGUGCCCCUGGCGGAGGUGUCCGAGUCGACGCUCUCCGCUGCGCACCUCGCCGAGCUCUUCCCCCCCGGCAAGGUGUGCAAGGUGCGCCUGAUCAAGGUGGAGCCGGAGGAGCGCCGGGUCCUGGCCAGCAUCAAGCAGGCGUCGCCGGCGUACCUGGAGAAGCUUAACGUGGACGCCGUCGAGCUUGGCGAGAAGGUCCAGGCGCGCGUCGUCACGGUCCGUGAUGACGUCGCCAUUACGCUGCUCGAGCCGGCCGGCACGCGCGCGCUGCUAGCACUGGCGUGCGUCGCGCGUCAGCGUGGAGCGGAGGUGAGUGAAGUGCGUGCAUCGCUGGCAGAGGGCGAGCUGCUGUCGAACUUCUACGUCGUGAAGAAGAAUGCGGCCAAGGGCCUGGUUGUGCUGAGUGACCAACCGCCGAAGGGCGACUCGAAGCGGGUCGUCGCUGGCUCGCAGUUCGAAGGCCGCAUCGUGGAGCGCCAUGCGCCGCAGCUUGCAUGCACGGUCGCUCUCGACGGCACGCACGACCGUGCGCGUCUGCAUGUGACCGAGUGUGCGGACGAUCUGACGGAGGCCGUGCUGCCGGCUGUGCACGAUGUGGUUCGUGGCGUGGUGCUGGACGUGCGCCGAGGCGGACGGGAAGUGGACAUUUCGCUGCGUCCGUCGCGGCUGGGCCAAGGCACGCCAACGGACGCGCCUGUGGACACUGCAUCGCAGCUCGAGACGGGCCAGCAGGUGCGGGGUAUUGUCAAGUCGAUCACGGACCAUGGCGUGUAUGUGUCGCUUGGACGCCGAGUCGAUGCCCGUGUCAUGAUCAAGGAACUCUUUGACGAGUACGUGAAAGACUUCCGGCGCCACUUCCACGUUGGUCAGUGCGUCACCGGCACGGUUCUACAGGUGGACGGCUCUGGCAAGGUCGAGAUGUCGCUUAAAAAGAGCCGCCUGGCGCCGAGCAAACCAUCGGCGACGCAGUGGGGCGACUAUCGCGUGGGCGACAAGGUCCGUGGCCAUGUUCGUGCGACGGCCGAGUAUGGUGUGUUUGUGCAGAUCGACGGGACCAACAUUAGCGGCUUGUGUCACAAGAGCGAGCUUUCCGACAACGCCAAGUCGGAUGCAGUGCGUGCGUAUGCGGUCGGGGACCGGGUCAAGGCCGUCAUUCUCAAGUUGGACGCCGAGAAGAAGCGUAUCUCCUUUGGUCUGAAGCCCUCGUACUUUAACGAAGAGGACUAUGAGGACGAGGACGAGGAGGAAGACGACGAGGAGGAUGGGGAAGACGACGGCGAUCUCAAUGAUGAUGAAGAUGAAGAGGAAAUUGAGCAGGGCCUUAUCGACGGUGAAGCGGAAGAUGAUGAUGAGGGGGAGGAGGACGAAGAGGACGACGACGAUAACGAGGAUGUCGAUGUCGAGGACGACGACGAUGAAGAUGUCGAUGUCGAGGACGACGACGAUGAAGAUCUCGACGAUGACGACGACGACGAAGAUGUUGACAAUGAGGAUGUCGACGAAGACGACGACGAUGAAGACGAUAAUGGAGAUCUUACCAAUGACGACCAUGUCGAUGAGGAAGACGAUCUCGACGAGGAAGACGAUGCCGAUGUCAACGAAGCACCGUUUCACUCACUCCAGCAGGGCUUCCGCUGGGAUGCUCCGAUGGACGAGGAUGACGAUGGAGAGUCUUCCGACGAGGAGCCCGUAACGAAAGCAUCUGCCAAAAAAGAUGCUGAGGACGACUUUGCCGACGAUAUCGCUACGAAGAAACUCGACUCGGCCACCGACUUUGAGCGCGUGCUGCUGGGCUCACCCAACUCGUCGUUCCUGUGGAUCCAGUUCAUGACGUUCUAUCUUCAGACGGGCGAUGUCGAAAAGGCCCGCCAGGUCGCGCGCCGCGCCUUCAAGGUCAUCCACUUCCGCGAGGAGCAGGAAAAGCUUAAUGUCUGGAUUGCGCUUCUGAACCUCGAGAACAUGUACGGCUCGCCAGAGACACUCGAUGCCGUGUUCAAGGAGGCCAUUCAGCUUAACGAUGCGUUUGAAGUGCACAUGCGCCUGCUGUCUAUCCUCGAGAACUCGCAGAAGCUCGAGGAGGCUGCGGACCUGUUCAAGCGCACCGCAAAAAAGUUUGGCUUCCGCCCCAGCGUGUGGAUCGACUGGUACCAGUUUCUUCUGCGCCACGAGCGCGCGGAGGAGGCCCAUGAGCUUGUGUCGCGCAGCCUGCAGAGCCUUGAUAAGCGCGAGCAUAUCCGGGCCCUUACAGCGUACGCUCUCGCCGAGUUCAAGAUCGGCGACGUGGAACAUGCACGCACCAUGUUCGAGACGCUCGUGUCGCGCUACCCCAAGCGCCUGGACCUGUGGUGGCAGUACAUGGACCAGGAAGUGCGCCUGGGCAACAUCAAUGGGGUCCGCUCGCUGAUGGAGCGCGUGUUUGUCGCUCGCAAGCACUCGACGAAGCAGAUCAAGGCCCUCUUGCAAAAGUGGCUCGUGAUCGAGAAGCGCAUCGGCGACGAGGACGGCGUUCAGGCCGUCCUAGACCGCGCUCGUGCCUUUGUGGCUAGCGUGCAGAACCGCACCCAAGAGGCGGAGAGCGACUAA